AUGGCUGACAUAUUGCCGGAAUGUCUCAUUCAAAAAAUACUUUGUUGUCUUAAUUUUAAAGAAGCAACCAAGAUGACCAUUAUCUCCAAAACAUGGUUGCAAGCAUGGUUGACUCUUUCCAACUUGAAAUUCACAACGUAUUAUCUCAAUCGCAAUAUGAAAAUUGUUGACAAUAUCAUGGAGAGAUAUAGGGACGGAAAAAUCCCUAUACAAAAGUUUGAAUUAUCAUAUUUUGUUCAUUAUAAUAGUGAUUUUUUCCAUCUUAUUGAUAAAUGGCUUGAUAUCGCAUUUCAGAAUGGUGUAGAAAAUCUCAUCUUUAGAGUUCAUGUUAGUAGAUCAUACCGCUGGUCUAUUUUUAAAAUCAUGGCAGCAAAAUCGUUAAGAGAAUUGGUUCUGAGUAAUUGUGAUCUAAUGUAUGAUUCGUUAUCUAGUGGUGUGGCGGGAAAUUGUUCUUCUUUGAGAAAGCUUUCUCUAUCUUAUAUAAUUUUAAACGAUAACAUACUUCAGACUCUACUUAAUAGUUGUCCCUUGAUUGUCACUUUCACCCUAGAGUAUUGUUCGGGGUUAAAAAAGAUUGAGUUGCCGAAUCUUCAAAAGAUCAAGUCAGUAUCAAUAAGGAUGAAUAAGAACCAGCGUGUUAAAAUUGAAACACCAACUCUUGAACAUUUGUUUUUCUCCGGUUUUGAGGAUGAGUAUCCUAUGUUGGAUAUUAUUGAUGCUCCAAAUUUGGUAUCACUAGAGUAUAUAGGUUGUCUAUAG